UCUGUGUGUGUUUGUGUGGGGGGGACAGAAAGAAAAAAACUGCAGACUAUCUGUUCUUGUAACCAAAUACAUUCAACCAGAUAGGCAGAAAUUGCUGAACACCCACUGAGGCAGGUGUGCUUGUUGUGAAAGUCUUCUGAAAAGCCCCUCGUUAGCUGCAGAGAGAGGCAACAGCCAUGAGUCUGCUGUGAUAAUGAAUCGCAACAGGACAGGCAGGAACAGAAAUCAAAGAUGUGGUAACCAUAAUAACGUUGCAGAGUCUGAGUACGAUGUGGUGGAUGACCAGGAGGAAGUGCUAAAUGUGCACAUACUUCCUGCGAGGCCUAUAAAUGAUGAGAGAGAGUAUGCAGACAGGGAUCUUCCAAGGUCAUCAUCGGCUCAGAGCCUCUCAUCACUUGCCACUGGUAACGCUAACAUCCCACCGAGAGAAAUCCCCCAUACUUCAGCUCCCACGGUAAAUAGAGACCUGAAACCAAGCAGAAGAAAGGCCAGAUUUGAUAAGAGGCCUGCACCUGCGCCGCCAGGAGACCAGCACUCACACAGGUGCUCUCCAUCACCUCCACCAUUUAUCUCGGAGUUAGUGAAUCACCUGCCUGCGCUGACUGUACAUGAACCCUGCAGGAGAAAUGGACAGAAAGCAACCAAAAAGGCAGAAUUCAGCUCACAUACCAAAGAUCUACAAAAUGCUGAAAGUGCUUCAAAAAAGCAUGCUGAAAGUGCUUCAUCUUUUCAUGCCAAUCAAAGACAUUCUCUGGAUCUGGAAACUCAUGAUAUAGAAACAAGGUCACAACAAAAUCUAGAAAGGGUGCCAUCAAAACGUCAUCACCACGAGUGGCCUCAAACUAAAGAAGACUUUGACCACCAUGACUUUGUUCCGAUGGAAAAGCCUCAACAGACAUACUGUGAGGACUGGUAUAUCGGGGCUUGUACUCGAGCAGAUGCAGAACACGCCUUACACCUGGUAAACAAGGAUGGAGCAUUUUUGGUACGAGACUGCUCCGUCAACACCAACAGUGAGCCGUUGGUAUUGGCUGUGUACCAUGAGAAGAAGGUUUACAAUGUAAAAAUCCGGUUCAUUGAGAACAUUGGCAAGUACGUCCUGGGCACAGGACAACGAUCAAAUGAUAUGUUUGACUCUGUGGCCGACAUCAUCAAGUUUCACUCCAUAUUCCCAAUAAUACUCAUCAGUGGAAGAAGUAUGCCUGCAAGCAAAUACCCAGAAAACUGUGUGCUUACAUUUCCAGUAACGAGACGAGAUGUUGACCAGCUGCUGCAAUAACACCAGAACCAUUCCAGCAAAAAUAAUCUGUUCAAUUCCAUCUGGUUGUAACCCAAAAUAUCCACUUAUGUUUAACAUGAGCAUGCUAAGAAACAGCUUACUGUGUGUAAAAAUUGUUAAAGUGUUUGUGUCAAUAAAUAAACGUUUUAUCCAAAUCUGCAA